UAUAGCCUUGGCGAGUACCUAAAUUCAACCUAAAUUCAACCUAAAUUGAAGUGAGCCGGUGGAAGACUCGGAUAGACUCGGGAGACUCUCCGACCCCAGCUGCGUCUCGGUCUAUGGGGAAAGAUGAUGGACGAACUGCAUGAGUUCCACUCUCAUGAGGAGGAGCUCAAAAUUGGCCAUGGGUCUGGUGAAAGCAGAGUGGUGCACGACUACAUGUGGCGAGUGCUGAAUCUAAACAUGAUGCUUGGAGGCUGUGAGCAAGGGAUCAGUCCGCCAGCGGCCGCGCCCCACUUGCAGCACUUACAGCAGUGGAUGGCAGAGCUACCCAUCAGCCAUAUGCCAGCAGCGGGCGCCGUUCUGCAGCGUGGCGCCCCAUCGACGCCGCCGACGGCCAGCGCUCACUGCGACGCCGGCCAGUACGCGGCACCGGCGGACACCCUGCAGCAGGGUGGGGAGCGCCGUCCGCCCCAGCACGUGUCUGCGAUGUCGAGGUCACUGUCGACCGACCCGUGCGCCGCCACCGGCGCCGAGCUCUCGCGUCAGUCGCACGGCUCGCCGUCGUCGAUGCCGGCCCCACCUCCUCCCAGUCCGUACGUCGGCACCGAAUACGGUCUGCAGGCACCGCCGCCGGUGUCGGGGCUGUACCCUAGCCUGCCACAGCCAGUGCACCAGCAGACGUCGCCGCCGGUGGGCCUGGAGCGCGGCCGCGAGUCGUUCCACGACCGCCCGACGGUGCCAGCUGCUCUGCCGUCGCUGGCUGGCGGCGGCACCGGACCCGUGACGUCCACGUACCACGGCGCAUUCGCCGUCUCCGCCAAUCCUGCGUCGUUCCCCGCCGCCCCUGAUGAGCCGCAAAAGAAGCAGCGCGGUCGGAAGAAAGGUCAGACAAAGAGCUCGGGCGCCUGGGUCGCUCACAAGGUGCUCGGACGGCCUGUAGGCACCACGCGCGCCAACGGCUACAAGGUGGGCUCGCGCGGCGGCCGCCGUAAGGGAACCACGCGCGCCAAUGGCUACAAGGUCAGUGGCGGCCGACCCAAGGGGACCACGGCGGCGAACGGGUACAAGGUGAGCCCGGGCCGACCGCGCGGUACCACCGCCGCCAACGGCUACAGAGUGGGCCAGGGCCGGCCCCGCGCGGUCAAGGCGGACCCUCCGCCGCCCGAUGGGACCUUGCAGGUCGACGGCAGCAGGGACUAUCAGCCGCCACCGCCGCCUUCCACCCACCAACAGGCCGCCGACAAGAAAGCCACACAGUCCAUGGGCUACCAGAUCGACCAAGUGGCUCCUGUGACGAUCGAGGUGACGCCGGAUCUGCCCGGCGGCGGCUCCCCGGGCUGGAGCCCGUCACGGCCGGACGUCACGCCUCCGGCCCCCUACCAACCGCCGCUCGCCACGAUCGGCGGCCGCCAGCCGACCGUCUCAGCACAGACCGUCUCGCCCCAGCUGAGUGUCGCCGCGUCGUCCACUGCGUGUGUCGAGGUGGGAAGCGCCGGCGGCGCCGUCUACCGGCCGCCGCCGGCUCUCGCCGCGCCGCCGGGGGUGCAGGUGUCGCGGGGUGGCGCGCCGGCCGAUCCCGGAUACCCGCAGCUUCCCGCCGCCCACCGGGACGGCAGGCGGCCAGCGGGGCUCCCGCAACUCGAGCUGCCGACCGACCCGGUCCACAGGUCGCACUCUGUCGCUCGACUGCCCGCCUACCUGUCGCCCCCGGCCGGCCACGGCCUGCCAUUUCCCCCACCGUUCACUGGGUACUCUCAGUUUCCGGCGCCGGUGUCGCAGGCUGGUCGCUGCCGGCCUCCGGUGCCGGCCGGGGGUCUGGGUAUCGCGUCUACCGGCGUCGCUCCAGGGUCAGUUUCCACCUCGGGAAUGGGUAUGCUCACGACAGGCUGCCGGCCGUACAGCGAUGUUACAUACAGUUUGGCGGCUUUCAGCGCCGCCCGACCGGUGUAUGCCCCGCUUGGGGCGCCAGACAUCAAAGAGGAGGCGCCGGACGCCAUACCGUGUGGCGGCGGCGGUCGGUACGUCGCCGGCUCGCCGUCCCACCCGAUGGCGGUCGGCGUGACCCCGCGCGGCUACGGAACCCUCUGA